UUAGUAAGGUAACACAUAUCAUUUGACAAGAAUAACGUGAACACAGGUAAACACGGUACAUAAGAGAAGUAAUGUGUAUUCCAUGUGUUAAAUAGUGUUUGGAUUAACAAAAAUAUACAUCUGGAAAAUUAUUCAACAAUAUAUAUUGAUAUAUAGUGGGAAUAUAAUUGAAGCAGAAAAAAAACACUUGUUAUGACAUUACAUAGAAAAUUGAAUUAAUAGGAAAAUUAAAAGUUGACGAUGCCGCCUCAAUCAAUGAUGGACCAUAAUACUAAUCUAUUACCGGGUGAUGAUCCCAACCCUCAAGCAAAGAUGAAAUGUGUUCUUCUAGGGGACGGAGCUGUAGGUAAAACCAGCUUAGUUGUUAGUUAUACUACAAAUGGAUACCCCACGGAAUACACACCGACAGCUUUCGACAACUUUUCGGUGGUUAUAACAAUUGACGAAGCACCUGUCCAACUACAACUAUGUGACACUGCAGGCCAGGACGAUUUCGACUCCUUACGACCACUUUGUUAUCCAAAUACCAACGUCUUUUUACUGUGUUUUAGUGUUGUGACUCCAACGUCAUUUCACAAUGUGACAGAAAAAUGGGUUCCUGAAAUCAGAAAACAUUGCCCAAAAGCACCCAUCGUUUUAGUGGGUACACAAAGUGACUUGCGAAAUGACGUCAAAGUGUUGAUAGAACUUGCUCAUUACAAAGAAGAACCAAUCCCGGAAAGUGAGGCCAAACUUUUAGCUGAAAGAAUUGGAGCCGCAGACUAUGUAGAAUGUUCGGCUUUAACGCAAAAAAAUCUGAAAGAAGUAUUUGACACUGCCAUCAUUGCGGCGCUCUCUGGACCUAUCAAAAGAAACAAAAGUGUACGAAGAUCAAAAAAGGAGAAAAAACUCUCACCGCCAGUCACGACAGAAAAGUGUAUAAAAAAGAACUCCUGGAAACGACUUUGUUGCUUUUUAUAACGCAUGCUUAGUGCAAUGGAACGUUUUCCUUUGCUUAACUCCAGUUGCAAUAUUGUUUAGACUCUCUAUGCAAAAUAUGAACGUAUGAUUCAUGGGACCAAUUAUAAAUCAAAAACUGGUAGCCAUUAUGGUAGCUUUUGAUGAUUACGACUUUUGACAGGUUUUUAUUAGUGAGAUUCUUCAAAGAAGUCUCUAGAUGCCAAGAAUGAUUUUAAUUUAUAAAAGAAUGAAUGAGAUUCAUCUGUUUCAAACGGUUGUUGUAGAGAAAAGGGCAAUGCAAUACAUAGCUAAUUUAUUUGUUCUGUGAGCUUUGCUAUAUAUUGUUUUUAUCAGGUUAACUGAUAUAAUAAUUUCAAAGCUUUUAUUUUCUAUAACAGCUGGUCGAUGUGAAGAAAUAGAUAGGUUUGAAUGAUGAUACACGCAUGUGCAAUUUUUCAUUUGUAAAUUUUGAGAUAAUUUUUUUUAAGACGGGACUAUUAUUAGCCCUGAUCUUUUGCAUAAUUUAAAUGCUGUAAGUUUUAAGCAUGUUGAUUUUUAUCUGCUUAUAUUUUCUAUCAGUCUUAAAAUCAAUAUGGGUCAUAGUUUAAUGAGCUUCCAACAUGGAAUGUUUUAUUUAAGCUGAUCCUAAUAGUUUUAAUCUAGUUAUCUGAAUGUCGUGUUGACAAACGCUCAAAUUUUGCCAGAGAACUUGUUAUAUUCGUGGGAAAACGAGUUCUGUAAAAAGAUGUAUCUUACAAUCAGCCAAAAAUUUCUUAAGACUUCAAAAUGUCUGAUUUUUCUUUGUGUCUCCUCCCUUUCCUAUUUGAAAAGAUUUAAACCAUCCCUUUAUACACUAUUUACUUUAUGCAUAUUGCAAUGUAUUCAUAACUUUUGAAAUUGUCGAAUCAAUGAAGAUUUAAUCUAUUUACUAUUGAUUGAAAUCUCUACCUUUUUCUCAAAGUGGUUCAAGGAAUAUAGUGCUCAAAAUUAGAUUUUUUAAACAUCGAGGUUCAUAAAUUUUAUUUUUGAAAGAACAAAUAGACCCUUGACCUAGUUGUGACUAUUGAAAAAAUGAAAAUCUUCGAUUCUUUACAUUUUGUUUGACAUAAAUCUUAAUCUUUUAACUAGUCAAUGAAAUCAUUUUUUCAGACAUUCAGUUUUUUUCUGUAUUUAUUAUGCUAUGUCUUUGGCAUGGUUUAUAUAUGUUUGGUGCUUGGCUGUACCGAUUACAAAAUGUUGUUUUGAAAUUUAAAACGAGGUACAAUAUUUUAAUGGUGAUGGGUACGAUUUUUGUAGCUUUCCAAUCUGAUUUAAAGGACAGAUUUCAUUUCUGAUAAUGUGAAUUGAAAGAAUGUUUAUAUUAAAACUUUUGAUAAUUUCACUAUUUAUAUUGGAUUUGAAAACAUUAUAUAAUUUUAAUCUGAAUUUCCCAUGGAUAUAUUGAAGUUUGUCCUUUAAUUUAGCGCCGACUACAAAAAGAUUAAACACUUCCAAGUUUUUGUGUUACAGCUAAUAAAACCACAACAUUGUAUUAACGUGCUUGCACUGUAUGCAUGAUGGAGGUCUCUUUUACAAGUUCAACAUGUCUUGAUUUCGGAUUUAAUCCAAAAUCUUGACUUCAUGGUGGUGUGAUUAACCAGUGCAAAUAUUAACUGCACAAUACGUUUAACAAACAACACAAUGUUUUUUUGCAAUACUAACACCAUAUAACAAUCCAUGUUAAUUGGAACAGGUUUUAUGUGAAAUAGACAAACCCAUCAGUUUGGGUAAACAUACAUGUUACUUGCAUGUUGCCACAUGCACUUAAGGACUGGAUUAUCUCCCUUUUAUUUUUUAUCGUCACAUCUCGGCCGAUUCGGUUCCCCCAUUUAAAGGAGAACAGCUGGUACGACCGAGAUUUGUCGAUUUUAACGUGUUUAGCAAUUGAGAUUGAAGUCCAGUAUUUGUGUGCAUGUACGUGUAGUUUGUGAAUCUUGUACGUGAGGUCUUGUGUGUUAAUAAAAGUCCUAUUUUCGAUUUUUCACAUGGACAACUUUAUUUCAAAUUUCAAGACCCCGCUUUUUGUCUACAUCGAAAUUAACAGAAACUAUUUAGCAUAAUACUAUUUGUCUUUCUGAUUUUUUUAAUUUUAGUGUAGAAUUGCGUAUAAAAAAAAGCUCGGCCCACCGAACUUACAUUAUGCCUUUGAUAUAAGAUUAUUAUGUUGUCAAGAAGUAAAUAAGUAAUUAAUUACAUGUAAUAGGUAAUUGACUGAUUUUUCAUGUAUUUUACAUCUUAUCUUAAUUGAUUUUACGGAGGUUAGAAAUUUCCCACCGUGAUGUUAGGUCAGGACACUUUUACUGUUGUUUACAUUAAGAUAUUUGUAAACAAAUUGUUUGAAUGUUUUUAAAGAUGCCGGAUUUUUAUUGUUAUGGGUUAUCAAAUGAAGAUGGUUAACCUAUUUAUUGUUAUCUGUAAAAAUAUGUCCCUGAAGUUGAUAUAUUAUUUGCUGUUUAAUAAAACAAAGAAUUUAUGACAGAUAAA